AUGUUUUUAGCACGUCGUUUGAUAGUAAAGUCUAGCGUACUCUACAGCCAACCCUCUCUUGUCUGUCUGCGCAAAUACCAAGCUGCUGCUGGACCUGACGAACCUGUCAAUGACUUUGUGUAUGGAUACACAAGUGUACUCGCAGCUCUGGAAGCCAAAAAACGUCAAAGACUGAAGAAAGUAUUUUUGCAACAUGACGCAUUGAAUCCCUACACCAAGAAAAAAGACGAAUCAUUUCUCCAAAAGAUCAGAGAUGAAUGCAUUGCUCGAUCCAUUCCAACCGAGACUGUUGACAAAGGUACCCUGAAUAAUUUGACAGGCAACCGACCCCACCAGGGAAUUGUUCUCAAGGCUACUCAGCGCUAUACAGAGGGAAUUACUGGCCUCAAUUCGUUGGAGAAAGACGGUAGCUAUGAAGCCACCCCGGUUGCAACCAGAAGAAACAAGACACCGAUUGCCUUUACUGCACCAAAGGAUCGCCAACCAUUUUGGAUAGCAUUGGAUGAAGUACAAGAUCCACAGAACCUUGGGUCUAUUCUUAGAACUGCUCAUUUCUUUGGCGUAGACGGUGUACUGAUGUGUAGUAAGAACAGUGCUCCACUGAGCCCUACUGUUUCAAAAGUGAGUGCAGGUGCCAUGGAAGUUAUGAACAUUUAUUCCACAAACAAUCUUGGUAAAUUUCUAAAGGCUUCUUCGGAUAACGGAUGGCAUAUUGUUGGUGCUGUAGGAGAUCCAUCUAUCGCAGCGACCAAAAGCACAAAUACAACCGCCACCGCAACUACAGACACAACUACAACCACAACUGUUCAAGAACCACGACCACAACAGCAAUACAAUCAAACAUAUUAUGAUAUAUGUACGCUUAAAAAGACUUUGAACGACCCAUCAUCUGAGACCGGACAAAAACCAAUGGUCUUGGUAUUCGGUAAUGAAGGAAACGGACUACGAACAAUGAUCAAAGCCUCCUGUCACUCGUUUGUCACUAUUCCUCGCCAAGCCUCUCAUCUACCAUCCUUCAAAGGAGAAGUCGACAGUUUGAAUGUUGGUGUGGCAGUUGGUGUACUCAUCUCUAGUCUUUUACUAAAUUUUUAA